UCUUUCUUCCGCACUCUCUCUGUUUUCUCCUCUGGGAUUUUUCUCUCGGAUCAUGUAGUUUUUGAUUUGCUGCUUGUUGAUUCGAAUUUUGGAUCACAGGAGUGGUUUUUGUUCGUGGGAAACCUUGAAUUUCGUUUUUUAAUUCCUGGGAUUGAGUCGAAAAUGACGGUGGCGUCGGAUUCUUCUCCAGAGUCUUUCAGCCAGAUGAUGGCUUCCAUGCCGGGGUUUCGAUUCCAUCCUACCGAUGAGGAACUAGUUAUGUACUAUCUGAAGAGGAAGAUGUGUAGGAGGAGGCUGAAGCUGGAUGUAAUUCGUGAAACUGAUGUCUACAAAUGGGAUCCUGAGGAAUUGCCAGGGCAGUCAGUGCUGAAAACUGGAGAGAGGCAAUGGUUCUUUUUCAGCCCUAGAGACAGAAAGUAUCCUAAUAGUGGUAGGACUAACCGAGGAACAAGACAUGGGUACUGGAAAGCAACAGGGAAGGAUCGUAACAUUACCUACAAUUCUCGGGCAGUUGGGGUGAAAAAGACUUUGGUUUUCUAUAGAGGUAGAGCACCACAUGGUGAGCGAACUGAUUGGGUUAUGCAUGAGUACACAUUGGAGGAAGAAGAACUUGCAAGAUGCCAGAAUUGUAAGGACUAUUAUGCACUUUACAAGGUGUUCAAGAAAAGCGGACCUGGUCCUAAAAAUGGUGAACAGUAUGGUGCACCAUUUGUAGAAGAAGAAUGGGUAGAUGAUGACUUCGUAGAUUUUAAUGUUAACUCAGCCGGCAAGGAGGUUCCAAUUUCACAAGUUGAUAAGGGUACUACUGUUGAUACUGUGACUGGUAAUGGUCAAGUGCAGCCUUUGUUUGAUGAUGAACUGGAUGAGAUCUUGAAGAAAAUGAUGGAUGAGCAGGUCCCCGAUCUGCCCUCGCUGUGUCCUGCCUUACCUCAGGUCGCUGCUGAAGAAACGCAGAGUGUGGUGGUGGAUCAAAUUUCUAAUGAGGCAGCAUUUGCUGAGCCAAUCCAUCUGUUUCAUUCAAGCGGUCACUACUAUGACCCUACCCAAUCAACUACAUCUCAUUUGCAUGUUUCUGAAGCACCUGAAGUCACUUCUGCUGCCAGCGUUCAAGUAGAGGAGCCUCUCUUUCAUGAGGAUGACUUCUUGGAAAUGAAUGAUCUCAUUGAUCCUGAACCAGUAUUGCCAAAAAUAGAAAAUCCUGUGGAGAACUUGGAGUUUGAAGAUGGAUUAAGUGCACUUGACUUGUACCAUGAUGCAGAGAUGUUUCUUCGCGACAUGGGGCAUAUUGACCAGGAAACUAUUUCACAUCCUUAUAUGAAUACUUUUGAGAGUAAUGUUGUGAAUCAGCAUUAUCAGUCUCUGCCCCUAGGAGACAAUGCGGAUCAAAGUGGUGAACUCUGGAUGCGUCAUGAAAGGCCUAUGAUGAGUCCAGCAGAACAUGCAAAUGAUGUUUCUUUCGCUUCAUCAACCUCAGGUGUGGGUUAUGAAUCUGCCAGCUUGCCUGCUGAAGGUAAUCAUAAUCAAAGUAGCAGUGUGAGACAAGCUCCUACAAGUAGAUUGUCUUCUGCUCUCUGGGCCUUCCUUGAGUCAAUACCUACCACUCCUGCAUCAGCGGCUGAAAAUGCAAAUCGGGCUCUUGAGCGGGUGUCUAGCUUUAGUAGGGUGAGAGAUAAUAUGAAGCAGGCAAGCACAGCUACCGCCGCAGCUGCUAAUGAAACUGCGAUUGUGAAGAGAGCAGGUAAAGGAAGGGGAAUCUUCUGGUUCUUGCCGGUUCUUAUUGCUUUAUGUGCUUUUUUAUGGGCUUCUAUGGGGACAUUGAGGCUACCUGGGAGAUCCAUCCCUUGACAUCUGAAUCCCUAGUUUUGCUGCUACGUGUCAUAUGGGAUUCCCCUGAUUCAAUGAACAAACAUAUAUUGUUCUAACAUAUUUUAAUAAUUAAAAAAAAAAGAAUUUACCUUCUGUUUCUUUCUUUGUUUUUUUUUUUUUUGUUGUGAAUAUUGAACUGGAGAAGGAGGUUCUUUAUAGUCUGAAUGAGUGUUAAGAUGAAAGAAGGGCAUCUAAGGAGAUGAAUACUGGGUGACUGCAGCAUCACACAAAUAUUACUUAUUUGUCUCAAUUAUUAAGCUUAUUUAGGGUUAGCUUGAAAGAACUGAGUCCCUUUAUUUGUUCAUUUAUUUUAUUAUAUAUUUAUUUCUUUGUUU